AUGAACUCGCCGUUCGUAAACGCUUUGACGAGAGCCUUGCCAUCCAUUGGCCGACAAUGCCAACUUCGAGGUUCUCUUCUUCGUUCUACGAGACCAUUCUCGACCACUCGGAGGGGCCUUUCGGAUGCCAAAGACAAGACCCGCGAAAUUGAGAGACAGAUCCUGAAUACGCAACCGGAGCAGCCAGCAAAUGACAACUCCCCUCUUUCUGCAAUCACUCGAAUGAUGGGCCAAGAGAAGUCUCGCACAAACCAGGGCGUAAGUCGUGAUUACUCCCGGAUGGCCGCGAGCUUGGAGGCCGAGAUGAUCAGACAGCCCUACUCCGACCGGUCUCCGCCGCAUCACCUCCACGUCUUCUCCCAUAAGCACAACACUCUACUGACCCUGACCCGUCCGAAUGGCAACCCAAUGUUGUCCAUGGGCUGCGGUCAUCUUGGGUUCCGCAAAGCCGGCCGUGGAGGGUAUGAUCCAGCAUAUCAAUUAACCGCCCAUGUGUUUGGCCAGAUGCAGGAGCGAGGCUAUCUCCCAGAGAUCAAGCGGUUAGAAGUGGUAUUGCGUGGGUUCGGUGCCGGUCGCGAAGCGUUCACCAAGGUUUUGCUCGGAAAUGAAGGAAGAAAUGUUCGAGGAUUGGUCAGUCGAGUAACCGACUCGACUCGGAUCAAGUUUGGUGGUACUCGGAGCCGGAAGAUCCUUCUUGUUCCGGUGACCGAAUCGCUGGUCGGUUCCCGUGAUCGGGAAUCAACUCUCCUCUAUUCUGACCUCGUGGUCUCCGAAGAGUUCCUGGGAAGUCAUACCUUGCGCAUUCCCGUUGCCAACGGAAGCGCCAGACCCAAAGAUGAUUUGAACGUCCGCGAUAGUAGGGGGAAAGCAAAGCAGGUAGCCACGGCCAAUGGGCGCACGGUGAUUAUAAAAGAGAAUUCAGUUUACAGCAAUAAGGGCUUCAAGUCUCUGACCCAAGCCCAGCUACUAUCCGAUGCCCUCUAUUAUACUCCGAGCAAUGAUUCUCAGCCAUGGCUUAUUUACUACAUCUCUCGGCCCUUGAUCGGCUCGUUCGACCCCGGAAAGAUCAUUUCGGCCGUGGUCCCCGGAACGUUGCCGAUCAAGAGCACCACCCCUACGGAACCCAAGCCCGGGGAGCCCGUUUCCUCGCUACCAAAGAAGGAGAUCAGGACCUUUGCCGAACUACUCGCGCAUUUCCCGAUGAUUGCCAGGCAGAUGCAGCCAGGACUAGAGAGACUAUUCCGCGAAUUUGGGAAGGAACUCGGGAAGCCGUUACCUCCGCCACCAUCCCGCUCACCUUCGAUACCCGACGAAAUUGAUGGGAAAGAGGAUCGUGAUAACCCCCCGACCGACGAGGUGGCUUCAAUCAGAAACUCGUCGUCGCGUUUCAGGGAGGGACUACCGUUCAAUUCCGAGGAGUAUUUCGAGGACGAUGAGGAUCUAAUGCGUCGAAGUCUAGAGACGGCUGUUACCGCCGCCAUCGACUUGUUUCGGCUGGUGGACAAACAGCAACUUUCUUUCCUCGGCGCCACGACAGACCUUACGGGGCCUCUGGUGGAGCGAUUGAUCGAGCGUUAUGUCGCCGAGCAGGUACACGAAACCCUUCUCUUCCCUCGGCUGUGCGGCUUUCGAGAAUCGGAGGAUGUGGAGUUGGAUGCGCGGAUUCGUCAAAUGGAUAACAUCGAUGUUUCCCAGGUCGGCAUUGUCGUCGAAGGGGGCCAUGAGGGCAAGCGGGAGUUGCUGCAACGUCUUGGUAGAGCCGUGGAAGAAUUCCGCAAAAUGCUGGAUGCAAAAUGUCCUCACGAUAUGCUGAAUCUCCUGCUGGAGACGAUCAAAAUCCUCUCUUAUCCCGGCAAAUAUGAUAAAGGCCAUCCACAAACGACCGAGAAGGAUCGACCCCCAAUAACCGUGAAUGCCGAUAUCUUGGUGUCGUUAUUGCUGAUCGUGGUGAUCCGAUCCCAGGUGAAGCAUUUGCAAGCACGGCUCCUGUAUAUGCAGCAUUUCAUCUAUGUCGAUGAUGUGGACAGCGGCGAGAUGGGCUACGCCUUGAGUACCCUUGAAGCAGUCCUCACUUAUCUAGUAACUGAUUCGGCCGGUCUCCGAAGAGCCAGCGUCCGGAACAAGCGCCUAUGGAAUGCCACCAAAGGCGGACGGAUAUCUGAUAUGAAGGCCAUUCUGGAGCCGGAUGGCGACCACGAAUCCAUGGACGAUAUCCCAUACGAGCCCGAGAGCAAAACUGUUCUUUUUAAUACUGAAGGUGAAGAAGACCUAUGCCGCUCUCGAGACUCCUUAUCUAUCCCCAACGGGCACCUUAAAAUCAACGGUGAAUCGGUGCGCCGGGACGAUACGCCUGACGUACCACCACUCGCACACGUCUUUCCGUUUAAGACAUGGGAAAAUGCUUCCCCUCCGAAGGAGGCAAAUCGUCCGGUGAAGAGAGUUUCUAUGGAUGUUCGCAGUCUAUCUGAAUCGUCCGCUGUCUCGUUCGCUUCCCGUACAACCACGAUGGGGUCCAUCACAAGCGCGAUCGAAGGUGACAGCUCCAUCGAGACAUUGACAAAGACGCAGGACCCCGCAGGUCAUUCCAUUCCUAUGAUGGCGGUGGAAUGCCGUCAAGCUGAGGCUCUGAGAUACCUGCUCAGUCUGGACGAAUAUUAUCCUCUGGAAGACAUCCUUGAGGAUACGAACAUGGAUGGAACGACACUGCUCAAUGCCGCUGUUCAACUGGCCCACGCCGAGAUUGUAGACGUCUUGCUUGAUUUCCUCUUCCGCGCAGCGGAAAAGGAUACGAUUGUCUCCUACCUACAAAAGUCCGACAUCCAUGGGCGCACGGUGGCUCACUAUCUAUUCAGUACGCCUUCCGUCAUGCAUCGUCUUGAGGGAUUGCUGCCCUGGCGUCAACGAGAUAAGCAUGGACAAACGCCACUUUUCGCGCUCUGUCGGUCUUACGAUCACCCGGACUACAAAUCGAUGGUUCAUCAGGCAUUGACAUCGGCUCAGAAAUCUCAGGGAGAUGGCAAGCCUUUGCACCUCGACUGCCAUGUGGACUCCAGGGGCAAUACGCUACUGCACAUCGUCAGCGACCCGGAUAUCACCAUUCGAAUCCUCCAGGAGAGUGAUUGUGAUCCGAAUGCGACCAACGAUAAGAAGUUUACACCCCUCAUGAUGGCCAGCAAGUAUGGACGGAUCGACCAAGUGCGAAUACUCUUUCUAGACCCGCGAGUGGAUGUUCAUCUCAAAGAGGCACGCGGGCUGACGGCCGUCGAACUGGCCAAGGAUGAUGAAGUCCGGAACCGGAUCGACGAUCUCAUCCUUAUAUCCAGCUCUCCAUCGGGGACGGUCGAUCCGUCCGGGCGCGUUACCACUGUCGUCCGUUCAUUCUUCGUCGAGGAUGCAACGGUACGCUUCGUUCUCAAAUCCGGCGCCCCCAAUCCCCCUACCAAAUUGGCCGAUUCCAGACCUGGAUCCACGAUGUACACCGUUACCACCUGCCGACGGACUUUCUCGGAUUUCGAGAAUCUCGCCAAGUGGCUCUCGAUUGAACAUCCAGCUUCCUACAUGCCAUCACUCUCGGACUUCCGCAGCCCCUUCCAAAUCCAUUCCAAGCCGUCUCGCGCGGUGCUUCACAAUCUGCAAGAGAAGCUCGACCGAUUUCUCAAAAUAUUGCUCUCCCACCCCACAUUUGCAACCCAUGAGAUGCUCUGGGAAUUCUUUCUCGUGCCGGAAUUGCAUCCGGAGAUGAUGGCGGACCGGUCCCGUCGCAAGGCGCAGGUUCUCUCCGAAACCAUCACGGACGAGUACGAACCUAUUACGCCGGACGGCCUGCGGGAGAUGGAACAGUUCGUCUCACACGCCCAGGAAAUGGUCCGUUCGGUGCACGCCAACACUCGCAGCCUCAUCCGCUGCGGAUAUGCGUUGCAGAACGCGGCCGCGGACGUGGCCGACGCUGUGUCCUUAUGCUCUGCUACGGUCUCAACCCUCAAGGAGCCCACCAACGCACUCCCCCAAUCCCACGUGGACGCCUUUUUCCGCUAUGCUUCGUAUCUCUCGACCUCGUCUUCCGACUCCUCUCCCCUCCUGCAACUCCUGACUGCCCUCACCUCCAUCGACAACACCACCACCGCCAUUCUGCACUCUCUCGCACGCCCACUCUCGCUCAUGUCUACCCUGUCAUCCGCCAAUCGCUCACUGUCGCGCUCCCAAUCCUCCCUCGUCUCGUCCUCGCUCCCGCGCAAAUUCAACCUCAACUUCCCCGGUCUGGAAGAAUCGCGUCAGAAAUCCGUCCGCGACCUCGAGACCAAGGUCCAGGAAUCCGAAUCCCAGAUCGCGCGUCUCUCCCGGGAAAUCACCUGGAACAAGGAUGUCGUUGUCGGCGAGCUAGCGGGCUGGACCUCCUGGCGCGAGAAAGUCGGUCGCGACGCUAUCCGCGCCUUUGUCAAGGCCACUCUCGUCCGAGAGAAAGAGCGUGGGAAACGGCUAGAACGAUGCUUGAGGAACGUGCGAGAGUCUUCUUCCAAUGCAGUAUUAUAG